AUGAGGAGUGUAACGGGUCUCGGGCACGGGGGGUGUUCCACGUCGUGGUUAGCUUGUCUGUUUAGGAGUGAAGAAGGGAUCUUGGUGCCCGCAAGAAUUGAUGGGGAGCCGCUUGAGUCUCGAGACAUCGUGGUGGAAAUAGAUUCUGGUCUUCCAGCAGUGUGUCUGAAGGCCUACUUCCCCAAGAAGGUGAAGAACCCCCCGUGCUACCCGAAAGAAAUACUUGGAGGUGCGGUGAAGUUCUCGUUUGAGCACGUGGUACCCGCGGCAGUAGUUCCAGUGAAGGCCGGGAUGGCGGUGGUAAAGCCUAUCAUAGCUCUAGUGAAUGCUCACACUAUUGCAGCUGGACACGAACUGACGGCCGACAACCGGAACGUUAGAAAGGAAGCGGUGUUGCGCAUCUUCGGUAACAACAACGAAUACGGAUGCAUAAUUCGCGACCUAGUGACUUCGGGUAAGGAUGAACAGUGGGACGACCAUCCUCAAGGCCUUGGCAGGCUUCGAGCACGGAGGAUAAGGGAUAUGUAA